AUGCACACAGCCUUAAAAAAACUUUUAUUAGAUUUGUUUUGUAAAGAAAAUAAAGAUAUCUUGAAAACUAUUAAAGAGCAGCUCUUAACUAGUAACAAGAUAGAAGUUAAGCAGAAUUUGGUUGAAACAAUAAAUGCAUUGAUAUUUGGUCCAAUAUCAAUAAAGUAG